AUGGGGUACGAAGUUUUAUACUAUGACAGUAGUAGCGGCGGCCCUAGAAUGGCAAAUGUGCUAUACUUGGAAUCACCAGCUGGUGUUGGAUUUUCAUACUCAAGCAAUACAUCUUUCUAUACCUUAGUGACAGAUGAAAUUACAGCUGGAGAUAAUCUUAUUUUUCUACCGCGAUGGUUCACUGAAUUCCCUGAGUACUCAAAAAACGACUUCUUCAUUACAGGGGAGAGCUAUGCAGGUCACUAUGCUCCACAACUUGCACAACUUAUUGUUCAAACAAAGACCAACUUCAAUCUUAAGGGGGUAGCAAUAGGCAAUCCUCUAAUGGAAUUUGAUACUGAUUUGAACUCCAAAGCUGAAUUCUUUUGGUCCCACGGACUGAUUUCAGAUUCAACUUAUAAUCUUUUCACCAGAGUCUGCAACUAUUUCACAAUUAGGAGACAAACGAUACAAGGUAAUCUUAGUGACGUUUGUGCAAAAAUAAAUGGACUGGUGUUUACUGAGGUUAGCAACUAUAUAGACUAA